GCGCUAUCACCGCCAUCACAGCCAGCGUCUCCCUGGCGAGGUGUCCACUUUCGGCAGCUAGCUGUUUUUACCUCGGCUUUUAAUUGAAACAUUUUGAUACCAACUUGUACUUAACACCGCCGAGCGCUUGCUGCCAUGAAGGAGGGCAGGAUUUUUGUGAUUUUCUUGGUGCUUUCCGCCUCUCUUCUGUGCACAGCCGAAGCGGGCAGGGGCAGGAGCGGCAGCAGCAACCAGAACAGCUUCAGACGGGCAGCUAACGGGAUCUACCAGACUCUGAGCAGCGUGUUCGGAGAGGAUAACAUCAGAGCCCUGUACAAGUUUUUUUCCAAAGCAACAGAGCGAUUUGUCCAUGGAGUGGACUCUUUUAUGGAUACCAUCUGGAAGAUCUGGUCAGAUCUGCUUGAUGUGAUGGGAAUUGAUUCGUCAAACCUCAGCCACUACUUCAGCCUCACGUCUCUAAGCAACUCCCCAGCACGCGCCUUGCUCCUGAUCGCUGCCGUACUGUUGGCCUACUGGUUCCUAUCCAUGUUCCUGGGAGGAGUGUUUUAUCUGCUCCAUGCAGUUUUUGGACGCUUCUUCUGGCUGGCGAGGGUCAUACUUUUUGCCCUGUCCUGCCUCUACAUCCUGCAGAAGUUCGAGGGCGACCCAGAGCGAGCCGUGCUGCCUCUGUGCUUCAUCAUGGCUGUCUACUUCAUGACAGGACCCGUUGGCGCGUACUGGCGUCGAGGAGGCGGGGCGGGCACGCUGGAGGAGAAAAUCGACCACCUGGACACUCAGAUCAGGCUGCUCAACAUCAGGCUGAGCCGCGUCAUAGACAGCCUCGAGCACAGCGGGGAGCAGUAGACCCGCAGCAAGGAGAAGGGUCAGGGUUGACCACAAGUAUUUAACUCACUUUCCUGAUAACAUCUGCAGGAGAACAACUACCAGGUAUUUACAACUCAACUGUCGGGUGGGAUAAACAAAGAUUUGAACACAGGGUUUUAAAGGCAUGAGUUGAUUAUUGGACCAUAAUUGUAAAAUUUCUCUAAGAUUUAGACACGUCGACCAAACCAAACAUUUUUGCUUGAUUAUGGUAAACAGAAAAAAAUUGGGAAAUUUUUUGUACAUCUGUGAAGAACUUUAGCUGUGAGCUCUCUUUCUCUUUUACACAUCUUAGCAACUUAUAACAAGCUGUCAAAUGAUAGAUUUAUUUUUCUUUUGUUGAAGUACAUAGAGUGCUCAUGCUAAGAAAAUAAACAUUUUAUAUUUAGAUUUUUGCCCUUUUGAAACCCCUUGAAAUCUGUUUGAAACUACUGUAAAAAAAAAUAAUGUGAGCAUGAAUGCCUGACUCGAAUUGAGACAUUGUUAUGUCUGAUAUGUAAAGAUGUUGUAUAGCUGUCCACAUUGAGAUUUAUUUAUUUCAUCCAAACAUAUUGAAAUUUCUUCUGAUUAAUGACCAUCUUGUGGUGAAUGUGAUGUCCAGACCUUUUUUUGUGUGUGUUUGGGUACAUGAGUCAAUGCCGCAGUGACCUGCUCCAGUGUGUGUUUGUGGUCAGGCAUGGGAAUUGGAAAAACACUGCAUCUAAAGUCACAUUCUGAUGUGGAAACCAUACAGAGAGCCAGCAAUAUCUCAGGGACUCACUCAACACAUAAUAGUUUUAUUAUAAGUCACGUUUUUGUCGCUUGAAAUCUGUGUGAGGUUUAAUUUAUGCAUACGUCCACAAAAAUCCUACUAUUUGUGUUGUAAUUGUUGUGGUGACUCAAAUCAGGUCACGUUUUUAUCAUAUCCAUGCUCUAAUACUUUGAGUCACAGGAAACUGGCUAAUUGGUCUUAGAAAAAUCACCUUUGUCAGAACACAGUUUAUAUUGUAUAUCAUUAAAAAAACUGAAGGAUAAAUGGCGUUGCACAAUUCUGGAUAGUUGGAAACUUUCAAUGGGAAUCAUUAGGAGUUUUUGGGAAGUAACUAUUAACAGUAAUAUUUAAAAAUGUUUAUCAUUUGCACUUGCCAGGGAUUUCAAAUAGGGGUUAUUUUAGCAUAGUUUUGAAUACAUUUGAGUGCAUCUAUGCAGUUCCUCCAUCACAUGUACAGGGGGUUUCUGGAAAUCCAGUCGUUCCCCAUUCAUUCCCCAAAUUCCCAAUUAAAGUUUUGAAAUUACUCCAAAGUGGAAAUUGCUGAACUUGGUUGAAAACAAGUUUGUGAUAUUUCCUUCCAUCUAUGUUUUAUAGCUUUGGAGGAGUCAUUCAAACAUUGAUGGCAUAAGACCCAUAAUGAAAGGCAGCAAACAUCCCUGGCUGAAAGAAAAUAAAUUUAGCUUUAUUUAGGAAAUUAAAAUCAAAAUGUUCUUGUUACUUUAAUCACUAGCAACUUCUUUCCUGACAUGGGAGCAUGCCAUUUUAAUGAAGCUCGGUUUGAAAGCAGGGAUUUUGUUAGUUUGCUUAAAUCAGCCAGUAGUUACAGUAAUGAAGGUGAUGAAGCUGACCUAGAUGCUCAAGCAAUGGACUUACAAAACACAAACUGUUCUAUUCAACCUUAUAAUGUUUUUAAUGUUUUUUCUACAUUUAGUUUUAGUUCUAAAUCAUCAUGGACUUUAAAGUCUUAAGUUUGAAGUGCCUUACAAAAGUAAUGAUACCCCUUGAACUUCUCUACAUAUACUUGUUACAACCACAAAUUUAAUGUUGUUUUGCAGUUUUGUGAAACAAAGUUGUGCGUAAUUGUGAAGUGGAAUUGGAAAGAAAAAAAUUCAAAACUAGCUUAAGUUCAGCCAGAUUGGAUAGGAGAGCUUUCAAGUUUUGCCACAGAGUUUUAGAUUUGGGCUCUGAUUGGGUUAUUCUCAGACAUGAAUCUGCUUUGAUCUGAACUAUUUUGUUGCGGCUUCGCCUGUAUGUUUAAUGUUGUUAUCGUGCUGAAAGGUAAACAUUUUCCUCCAGCUCCUCUAUCCAUUAUGAAGAAACGCAUCCUUACAGCAUGAUGGAUCACCAUCAUGUUUGUAGUUGAAAUGGGACAAAGUGUGAAUAAGUUCAACAGGGGUGAAUAUUUUUGUAGGCAUUAUACCUUACAGAAAUCUGCAGAAGAAACCGUACAAGUGACCAUUCCUGUUGCCAGUCCGUCAGCUUGCAAUUUAGUGCAAGUCUACUGGAUCCAUAGAUGAUGAGCUAAUAUUAAAAAUAUCACUUUGCUCUGUAUCCUUGAUUUUGAAAGUCCAGGGUUGAUCUGAGCAGGUUUGGUAGUGCUGCACAAUUUUUACAAACCAUAAGAUGACAACGUGAUGUGGUAUAGAGCCACAUUUUCCUCACUGCAUUUUUCUCUGUCAUUAAGAUGAUUCCAGGUCCCUCUGUUAACUUUAGCAUCUCAGGCAGAGAAACUCCAUCCGACAGGCUGGAUUUAUUAUUGCCAUGCAUGAAGUCAGGAAACUCGUAAUAUAGCAACCUAGAAAUAUUGCAAGCCAGAGUCCUUUUGUAUUCCCUAAUUAAAAGUUUUAACAUUUUGUAGCACCACUGGCAUUCAUUCAGUAGUAGUUUAAAAGCAAGACAUGCAGAAAAGGAGGGCAUGCAGUGUUUUGCCUCCGUACCUACAUCCCUAACAUAUUCUAAUAGUUUUGUAAUUAUUUAUUAUAUUUUUUUUCAUUAAUAUUUCUUUGGUUGGUUGGUUUUUUGGCUUAAAAGUGGUGUCCACUGCUGGCAAGCAAUCAUUUACAUCAAAAUUUUAGAUUUUUCUUGUUUUGCCAAAACAUUCCCAGCCUGCUUGCUACAUAAAAAAUAAAAAAAAAACACCUAAGUGAUUGAACCGUUCAUUGUCAUGUGAGAUUUUGUUGCAUGCUGCCUUUGUCUCUGCAGAUUUCAGUUUUGCUUCCUGCAUCAAGAUUUUAACGAGUGUCAUGAGAUCAGCCAGAAAUCGAUUAUGUCUUUGGGUUAUGUUACUUUAUAAUGCGGCUUGUGUUUCUGCAAUACUUAUUUACACUGGAGACUGGGAUUUAUUGACCAAAUGAUCACUCUUGUUUUGUUUUUUUAAAAGACUGGAUACAAUCACUGUUUUCUCUUUUGAUAAUCACUGUAGAGUCCCUGAAAUGAAGGUACAUAUUGAACUAUGUGAGAAUCAGACACUUCUUUUCUCUUUAGGCAACUGACUGGAGAGAUGGGCUUAUGAUGUAUUGAUAACCUACAGAUUAAUCUGUAUUUAUAUUUCUGAAGAAACGGAGCUAAAUGUGUGCUUUAUCAAGGUACUUGACUGAUAACUAUUGUUGGCUGGUGUUACCCAAAUAUACUGUGGAGUAUUGCAAUAAUCUGUUUAAAUUCACACCUAAACAUGUAUAAUACUACUACAGCAGGGUGAGGAUUUGAAGCUCUUUCACAUCUUUAAAACACUUGAGAGCUUGUAAGGUAUUGUGUGGAACAUCAUGCCACUAAUUAUAAAUGUUAUCAUGAGCCACUUACUGUAGAUGCUGGUGGAAGCCAAACAGAUUCCAGUGUUAGCAUCUGUCAGCAUUAGAUUCAUUACUUCACCCAGAUGUUUAUUCUCUUGUUUAGGGUGUAUAAUGGAUGGCUUCUAAGUCCAUUAACUUACUGUAACCCAACUGUGUUUAUUAUUUCAAAUGGUCUUUAUAUCUUGUGCCAAUUUUUAUUACUGUAAGGAAAUUUGAUCUUAGGCUUUUUAUUAUUUACGUUUUUUAUGUUUUUUUGUUUUUUUUUUUUCUUUAUCAUUUUAAGUCUUCUGUACUUGACUCCUGAUUUCUUCUUUGUGUUUGGGUGUGUAUUUAUGAAAAACUUUGUGGAAAAAUUGCUUUUUGAGCAAAGAUGAGGUUCAGACUUGAAUAAACACAUGUAUAACUAAAAACUAAUGUUUUGAUUUAUUACUAUUUUCAAGAGAAUGAGAUAUUCCUAUUUUCUGUGAUGUAUAUUCUGUCAAUACCUUCUCUAAGCAGUCAGAAACUUGGCCUGUACUGUCAUCCUGCAGUGUCUUCUUUUAAGUCUGCCUUCCAUUUUGCAUUUUCUUUUAAUUGAGAUAAAUAUGCUGCAGGUCCCUCUCUGUAAGAGAGUAAGCUGCAAACAAUAUUGCUAAAAUCUCUGGCUGUUCAUAGAUACCUGUAUCCAUGCAUACUGAUGAAAAGUUGAGUGGAAGGAAAAAGUGUGGAUACAAAAAGUUGCAAAAGCUAGUCACAGCUUUGAAAGAAUUAAAAACCAAAACACGUCCUAGAGUUUGGGAAAAAGUCACGAGCUCAGGCCCACAGCUGGAGUCAGAGCUUUGAAUCCACCUCACACAGGUGUAUCUCAGACAUGGGAUGCAACUGUUUGAUUUUUGGCAUAAAACCUUUUCUGAACCAGAGACUACAUAAAAAGCAUUUUAUGUAGGCUAAGGAGAAAAAUUACAAUAAAUGUUCAAUUUUAUAUAGAAACCUGGGCUUCCAGUACACCUCAGCAGAACCACAGGGCUGAUUGUCUUCAUGCCAUGCUGCAUUGAUGCAGUCACUUAUGCAGAGGCCUGACCAAGUACUGAGUUGAUUGUGAUAUUCUGAAGAAUAUUACUGAAAUUUCUGUAUUUCAGGACCUAGAUUCACAAAGCAAAAAAAAAUUAUACAGAUCAAUUCUACACAGACAGCAUUCUAACCUUCAUUAUAGUGAUUUUCUGCAUACAGCUAAUGAAGACAUGUUCAUAAAGCAUGUCUUAAUUAAUUGAAAACGACUACUGUACCAGGAUAUGUUUUCCGUACUCUGACAUUUCUGUAUCAAAAAUCUUGUUUCAUGGGAUACAUUCAACUCUUCUGAGAAAAUGAAUGUUGGGUCUUCAUUGGGUUUAACCAAAUUAAAAGAAAACACUUGAAAAUGUAA